UAAAAGAAGAAGAAGCAGCACACCGGACCGAUCCACUAUAUUUUUACUUCGCUCCAGUUAUCAAUUAAAAGCCGUAGUCACCAUGAGCCAAAAAGUAAUCAAGUACAUUGGACGCACUACAGACUUUCGCGGCAACACACUAUGGGAGAUCGUGGGCAAUCUGCCCGACUGGGGCAUCGGUCGCAUGGUCAUACGUAACAUGUUUCAGCGCUAUCCGGAGCCCUGCUACAUGCGCAUACUCAAGGUGCAGGCGGUGGACGAGCAGCCCGACAAUGAGCGCAAAGUUCGUGUCACCGUGGAGAAGACCUGGCGCGGCGUUACGCAGCCAAAGCCCGUUGAGAUCUACAGCACCAGCUACAAGGCCGACUACGAGCUGGUGCCCGUUGACCAGGAGCACAAGUUUCUAAACAACACCAAAAAGGUGGAGCCUGUGGUGCUGCCCACAAAGAUGGAGCUGCCGCCGCUGCUGCGCGAGUAUAUUAAGGAUGAAACCGGCGAGGCGAAUUCACUAAUCAAUGUGCACUUCAAGAAGACGCACAACAAGCUGGCGCGCCUGGCCCAAGCCGGAGAGCAGCCCACGCGGCAGCUGUCCAUGGACGUGGGCCAACCGGCGAAAGUCAGCGCCAAGCUCUACGAUGGGCUGCUGUGAGGCACUGCAUCCGCUUUAGCAUUUGUUGGCAUAUUAAACUUUUAAUUUACACUUAAUCGCAA